AUGUUCACUAGCUCCAAUACCGCCUACACCGAUGUUCAAAACCUAUUUCACAUCUGGACGACCCAAGGCAUUCAAAUUCCAUGCGGCCGUGUCUGUCGGCCACCUGUGACUUCCCCGGCACCGCCCUCAAUCAAACCAUCCAAAAAACCUGUCUCUGCAACUUUCUUGGCACUGGCCUCGAAGAAAGCUUCCAACAGCCUUCUCCCCGACAUUUCUGACCUCCUAGGACGCUCCAAGCCAUCCCCGGACGUACCCGAUGUUUCUGCUGAAACGAGUGACCCACCGGAGGUCAAAAAACCGGUAUUGCUUAAGUUUAAGUUGAAGUUGCAACCGCAGGAUUUGCCAAAAGUGCUGCCACCACCAACGGUCAUGUCCCCCAAUCUUGCACCACUCAACAAUUCAGUUUGGCCUGCCAAGAAGGGAAAGGUUUUGCCUUGUCCACCUCCACAAGACACCUGGGCUACCUGA